AUGUCGGAAGAUGGAAGUCGCCGAGCCGACAUGGUCUGGGGCUUCCUCUCGCUUUGGGAUCUUUGGGAUUGCGAGACCCUGCAGAACAAGCUCCCAUCCAACUUCGACUGGACGCAGCCUAUCGGGAAUGACGGACUAGUGCCGUUGACUGUGCUGCUUCUUGACCCUGCGCGAAUGUCAAACAACAAAUCUGGAUUCUUAAAGCUUGCAGAAUGGAUGCUCAAGUCGGGAGCAGAUCCUGAGCAAAGGCUGCCGGCAGAAAACACCUUUUUUAGGUCUUGGUUCCAGAAAGACAAACCGGACGCAACCAGAAUAACAGUGUCCUUCGGCGGACACUCUGCCAUCACGCUAGCCGUCGCAUGGUUGCACGCCAUGCAAGAGGCGAAGGGUGGUGCAAAUUGGGGAAAUGAGACGGGAUGCCUCCGAGAAUUCCUGACGCUCUGCGCAAGUACAGUAGCGACAAGGGCUGCAAGGGAUCCCCCGACAGUUCCAAUGCGUCAAAGCGUCGUGGAGGUGUGGGAGUCUGUCCGGAACAUGACUGCCACACACAACGUGAUCUUCGAAACGGCAGAUGGCCAAGUCACUGCUCAUGACGUCGUCCUCCUUGCCGCCUCUCCUGUCCUAAAAGCCAUGCUGGAGUCCAGUAUGAAGGAAGGCUCGAGCAAGCGGAUUUCAGUCGAGGACUCAUCGAGUUCAGGGGUUUCUUUGUUCCUGGACAUGCUUUACACGGGCUCUACUUGGGACGAUCCCGACUACAAGACCAUGUUGGUCGCGUUGGAUCUUGCCCAUCGUUGGCAGGUGACGGGAGUGGUGGACAUGGUGUCGGAUGCUUUGCCACAGAUGCUGGCCGUUGACAGCUUUGCGGACAUCGCAGAAGCUGCAGUUCUCAAGGGUUUGGAUGCGCUCCAGCGUGCCUGCAGGGGCUUCGGUUCCAAGAGCGAGGAGAUUCAGGCCAUGCUGCAAGCAGGAAGCUUCCCUGAUCAUGUUCAGAGACUCUUGGGGGCAUCUGCAACACAUGCGUGCGAGCCUGGGGCGAGCAAAGGCAGGCGACGAAGCUUUUGA